AUGCCAGACCAAGCAUAUCAAAGCAGCGAUCGCAACGGGUCGGGCAUCUGGGAAACCUCAAACUGUCCCGCCGGAGUACCGGUACCGGAACUGGUGACACCGACGAAAGCCCAGGAUCAACCUUUGAACCGGGCCUGUGAAGCAUGUCGAGUUUCCAAGGUUCGCUGCCUGGUUAAUCCAGACGCAGGAUCAACGAAAUGCCAAAGAUGCGCCAAAGCCGGCCGAGCUUGCAUCUUUGUGCCACCAGCCAAGCGACGGCAACGCAAAAGAACAGAUGUGCGAGUUACAGAGCUGGAAAAGGAGAUACAACAGAUGCGUAGUCUCCUGAAAACAGGCACCAAGUCGCCAAAUGUUACCAACGAUCAUGGCUCAGAUGAUGAGUCAGAUGAGCAUGAGGCAAUUACUGAGCCAAAUACGCCAUUAAAUACUCAAUCGCAUUCAGGCGCAGCUACCACAACAUUCACGAAGCCUAAUGCGUGGCCAACGGCGCCCGUUGAGAAAGCGCCAACGGCUCGACCGGCUGAAAAUACCGAGAUCAAGGAUUUGCUCGGACCUGUCGAGCAGGAUAUUAUCGACAGAAAAGUCAUCUCCGAAGAGAUGGCAGAAGAAUUAAUGAGCAUAUGGCGGAACGAGCUCACGGAUGCUUGUCCUGGUAUAACAAUUCCUAAACAUUGGACCGUUUUCGAUUUGCGAGAAAACAAGCCUGCGCUAUUUCACGCUGUGAUGGCAGCAGCAGCACAUUCCAAAGGCUCUGCAUUAUCCGAUACGUUACACGAGGAGACGGUCUAUCUAUAUGCGCGGUCUGCCUUUAUCAGAGGUGAAAAGUCUGUACAGGCAAUCCAGGCUCUCUUGGUGACUGUCGCAUACUGCUCGCCUUCGAAGACUCCCGGGCAAUUACAGAUCUACCAAUGGGUGAACAUGGCAGCCUCGAUGGCGCUCGAACUAGGGCUUGUCUCCAAACCAAGGACUCAUGAGCAAUUACCUAAACGUGCCAUCAGAUCACUGCAGAAGAUCUCGUCACCCGAGGAGUUGUUGGAACACGUUCGUACUGUACUACUUCUAUACAUAAUUGGUGCAGGUUUCUCCAUGCGACUCAAGCGGCCGAACAUCUUGCUAUUUAACAGCUGGAUGGAGGAGUGCUAUGUUAUGCUACAGAAGUCGAAGUCUCUGGAAGACAAGCGUAUCGUCGCCCAACUGAAACUGCAGAGGAUCGCAGAUGAAGCAAAUACGGCAUUCGGCUUCGACGACGCAAGUACAAGCUUCAGCCUCUCAGAACUACGAAUGCAAAUGAUCCUGCGCAUCUUCGAUCGGAGAAUGCAAGAUUGGAGAAAGUCUAUACCAGAUGAGGUGAUGACUCCGAUGUUGAACAUUGAAUUCCACCAGAACAUGUUGUCGAUGUGGGAAUUUGGUAUGGAUGGAGGUAGAUACGACGUUAUUGAAUUCAGAAACCGACACAUUUCACUCCCCGCUUUGGAUGAUGAUUGUGUUCAGCCAGAGUCUUUGUUAUCACGCACGGCUUUGCAGAUCAACGCAACCACCAAGUGCAUUAGCCAAGCACAGACUAUUCUGGACUGUUUUGCAGCAUACCCCGUGGAGGAGAUGCGAAAGGCACCAAAUGUGCUCUACGUUCGAGCCGUAUAUUCGCUGGUCGUGCUCAUGAAGGCCGACUACGCCGUUGGCACCGACGAAGACAUGAGCGAACUACUUGAGAGCCAGAGUCUGAAGGUUGGCCCCUACCUUGAUAUGGUGCUGAGGAAGACAGCCGAAGCCAUAGGCCCGCAAAAAUGUAGAAAUCCAAGCCAUUGGAACCUCCUUUUGGAAGCGAAGCUCAAAGGCUGGUGGGACGAGUAUCAGGAAUGGCGAAGAGAAGGACGACAACUGAAACGUCGAAAGACCGAGAUAGCAGACAAGAGUGCUGAAGCGGUUGGGAAUCAGACACCACUCUUUGCAGAGCCCAAAAACUACAAUAUGGUCUCUUCCGAACAACCGCCCAUGGCUCGACAGGAUGCGGCCCUCCCAAGCUUUCCCAUGAGCGCGACGUAUCCGACGUGGAACGCAAACGAUCUUCCGUUGCACACCUCCACACCGGCGCAGCCUAUUACUGAUUCUCCCACCUUCACUCCAGACAUGGGCGACUUCUCUGCAGCAUUUCAGAAUGGUGACUUGUAUCUCUGGAACGAUGUCUCAGUGGACAACUUUGGCGGCUGGACAACUCGAGCGGGACCAUAUAGCGGCAUGGGCUACGGCACUAUGCACGGUCAGGGAUUUUAG